AUGUUGAAGAUGAGUCUUACAAAGUUAAUGAAAUAUUUCCUCUGCCAACUCAUUCUCCUGAAUCUACUUGCACAAAUCAUCUCAUCAACCUCACUCUCAUCAGCAGCAUCAUUAAACAUAAUACAAGUUUUGAAUUUUUCAAGCUUUACUGCUUGUUACCAAAACUUGAAAUUGAACCUUUCUAAAGUUGGAUCCAACUCUAACAACAACGUGAACCGUAGUGUGUGUUCGAUCGAAGAACCGACCGAAACCGCGAAUAUCGAUCUUGUCGCAUUGAACAAACAACACGGUGACGAUGGGAAAGCGCUGGUAACUAUUUGCAUAUCUCUGUGUCGGUAUAAACAAACCAAUCAGUCAAUUUGCCAGGGAUUCAAUGUCAGAUUCGAUUCAAGCGAGUGCGAGUUGUAUCGAUUCGGUCCGGUAUAUUUCGCCCAACAAGACGGAUGCUCAUUUUACGCUCUCAAACCGGCUAACAGUUCAGCACCAGCUUUACUGCCAAACACAUCUCUCACGUUUCUGGUUCAACUGAAACUCAAUGAAUCUUCAACAUCUUUCGACAGAAGUUGGUCUCAAUUCAAAAGUGGAUUUUCUGUUCCAACUGUGUCGGCAUCUUCAAACCCUGGUUGUUGUGGUGGGGGUAGCUGGGAUGUGUACUGGUUGGGUAAUGAAUUGCUGUACCAACUUACGAACAUGUAUAAAUGCGGUCUACAUGUUUAUCGCACUGUUAAUAAUGGAAAACCGGAGCUCCAAUACUCCUAUUAUGAUCAAUUCAGAGUUGCUUCAGAAUCGUAUAACUACAGAUUGGAUGCGAUAAGUUACGCCAGUGGAAAUUGCAGCACGUACGCUGGUUUGUUGAGGGCGGAAAGUUAUUUCUCAACGUACGAUAAGGAUAACGACGUUGAUUCCAUUGUCAACUGUGCUGCAGUCUAUAGAGCAGGGUGGUGGUACAGCACAUCAACCACGGUUUUAGGAAACUGUGGCUUCACCAACUACAACAGCUUCCAGCCCUACUUCAUAACGUACUAUAAUGGCCUAUCAUUUCAGAUGCUUGGAAGUCAAAUGUGGAUGCAGUGUGUUUGA